UGAAGACAGUCUGAGUCUUAAGGACAGGUGAAUGAUUACAGAAUUAAUAUAGGCCAACUGUUAAUGCCGUCGUCCAAGGAUAACCGUUACCUUGGCCCCAUAAUAUACAAACAUUGGAUGUAAUAACUUUAAUGAGCCCGAACGAAAAUCGGACACACUACAAAACGAUAUCGACAACUCGCCAAAAAGCCUGGAAUUAACAGCAAGUAGCAGGUGCCAUGCUGUCAGGGGAGGAGAUUCUGUGUAGCACGCGGCAGGUUAUAGCGGGCCUAGAGGCACUGCGUGGGGAGAACCGCACCCUCCUGGACAGCCUGCAGGAGGCGCUGGAGGGCCGACCGAUGAUCGAGAGCGGCAGCGUGGAGCAGGAGAAGAGCAGCAUCAUCCGCCAGUCUCUGGAUAGGAUAGAGUUAGGCCUUGGAGAGGCACAGGUGAUGAUGGCUCUGUCAGCCCACCUGGGCUCCCUGGAAGCCGAGAAACAGAAGCUGCGGGCCCAGGUACGGAGGCUGUGCCAGGAGAACCAGUGGCUGCGGGAUGAGCUGGCUGGAGCCCAGCAGAGGCUGCAGGACCGGGAGCAGGAGGUGGUCACCCUGGAGGAGCAGAACCGACACCUGCAGUUCAUGAGCAGCAUUCGCAAGUACGAUCAGGAGGAGCCCCCGUCGGAUGACAAAGAGACGGGCUCAGCCAAGGAGUCCCUGGACGACCUUUUUCCCACGGAUGAGGAGGAACAGUCACAGAUAUCUCAGUCCCAUGGCAGCAGUGCGGCAGCCGCAGCCCAGCAGGGAGGCUAUGAGAUCCCGGCCCGUCUGAGGACCCUGCACAACCUGGUGAUCCAGUACGCCUCCCAGGGGCGCUACGAGGUGGCCGUGCCCCUCUGCAAACAGGCCCUGGAGGACCUGGAGAAGACCUCCGGCCACAGCCACCCUGAUGUGGCCACCAUGCUCAACAUCCUGGCCCUGGUCUACAGAGAUCAGAACAAGUACAAGGAGGCAGCUAACCUGCUAAACGACGCGCUGGCCAUUAGGGAGAAGACUCUGGGCAUGGAUCAUCCUGCGGUGGCAGCCACACUCAACAACCUGGCUGUACUGUAUGGCAAAAGGGGGAAGUACAAGGAGGCAGAGCCACUGUGUAAGAGAGCCCUGGAGAUCAGGGAGAAGGUGUUGGGCACGGACCACCCUGACGUGGCCAAGCAGCUGAACAACCUGGCCCUGCUGUGUCAGAACCAGGGCAAGUACCAGGAGGUUGAGCAGUACUACGAGCGAGCCCUGCACAUCUACCAGAGCAGGCUAGGCCCCGACGAUGCCAACGUGGCCAAGACCAAGAACAACCUGGCCUCAUGUUACUUGAAACAGGGGAAGUACCGACAAGCUGAGGCGCUGUACAAAGAAAUUCUGACCCGAGCCCAUGAAAAAGAGUUUGGAUCUGUGGAUGGUGAGGGCCAUCACAUCUGGACCCACACGGAGGAGGCAGGCCCCGUGCAGGACGGGCUGGGCAGCCUGAAGCGCAGUGGCUCCUUCACCAAAUUGCGGGAGUCGAUACGCAGGAGCAGCGAGAAGCUGGUCAGGAAGCUGAAAGGAGUGGGAACUCAGGAUACCACCCCUCGAACACCUGGGAUGAAGAGGGCAAAUUCCCUGAAUGUGCUGAACGUGGGUGUGAGGGAGACUCCGGAAGCGUCCAGGAACGCCAGCGGCCUGACAGAGACCCGGACUCUUAGUUCCAGCACCCAGAGUUUGGCCCGGCGAGGGUCCCUAUCCUACACCUCUGAACACUGACCACACAGCCCCUCCUCACAUCCAGGAGGUACUCCCACACCGCCCCGCCCUACAUCCAGGAGGUACUCCCACACAGCCCCUCCUCACAUCCAGGAGGUACUCCCACACCGCCCCGCCCUACAUCCAGGAGGUACUCCCACACAGCCCCUCCCCACAUCCAGGAGGUACUCCCACACCGCCCCGCCCUACAUCCAGGAGGUACUCCCACACAGCCCCUCCCCACAUCCAGGAGGUACUCCCACACUGCUCCCUCCUCACAUCCAGGAGGUGCUCCAACACAGCCCCUCCCUACAUCCAGGAGGUACUCCCACAAAGCUCUGGCUACUUUUCUCUGUUUUUAUCAAACAAUGAUCCUUUAUCAGUUUUGUUUUUGUGUACUACACUUUUAUGGCAGGUGGAGGUCACUGGUACUCUUCCGGUCUGCUGGUGUUCUGGAAAAUUCCAUCUCUGAGGUAUAGUUAGAUAAAAACAACACAGUGAGGACGGGUGUUGAGAAACACUGAUAGUAUCUGUUUCAGAUGAAGCUGAUCUGGUACAAUCUGCAUUUUUUAUAAGAAUGUAUUCAUGUUCUGUUGUGACUUACUGUACAAUGAGGAAAAUGCUUGAAUUAUUCUCUUCUUGAUUUUGUUCAGAACAUCUUGAUAUAUGCAUUUGGAACUCUUAACUGCAAUCAGGCCAUCAAACAAAUUUCUGCAGCUACAGUACUUACACGUUAAAAUGAUUGUAUAUGCUUGCAAAGAACGUCCUAUUUAUGCAAUGUUGUUUUUAAAAAGUUACAUUCCGAUUUUCUUUGUUUGUUUUUACCAGCUGUACUUAAAAUGUGAACACUUGUGUUCUUGUUUUUUUUUUGCACUAGAAUAUUUUUAUUCCAAAUUGCUUUUCUUUACUUUACAUAUAGCUAGUGAAUGUGAUGAACAGAUCUAUUUGAUUCCAAGUUAGAUUGUGGUUGUACUUUUCCACCAUUAACAUUACUAGAACAAAAAUUUGCUUUUCAGUCCAGUUGUACAAUGUUAAUUGUCUAAGGCUUGGCAUUCUUUAGGAUGUGUUAGAACUACAUUUUGCAUAUUGUAUUAUAACCUCUUUUAAAAGCAUUUUAGCUAUGUUGAUGCCCCAAAGGUAAAAGCACUAUGUGCCUGUAUUAAUUUAUUUUAAAUAUAUUUGACAUGUUUGGUAGCUAGCUCUUUAGUUUGGGAACUUCUGCACCAAAAGAUCAGAAAAUGUAGCCCAUGUAUAUUAAUCAUUUUUACACAAUUUUCUUAAACAAAAAACUGUUGCACAUUCACUGUGGUGGUAUUGCCUUGUGGUUGUUCAAAUGACUGUAUGAAGUAGUAAUUCAUUUAGAAAACCAAUAUUGUUACCAGCCUAAAUUGUCCAUAUUUGGAGUCAUGCUCACCUUUUAUAGACCGUUAAUAAAAUAACAAGGUCCAGUGGAAAA